UUCAGACAACUUGUUGGUGAGAAUGCAUCGUCCCAUAGCGGGAAGUUUACAAUAUUAAAUUGCUUUGACAUGACUUCUGGAACGUUAGCAUGUACUGUGAAGGAAAGUGCAAAGCUGUACUUUUACAAUAUCAGAGCUGCUCGUGUUGAAGAAGCACGCCAAGGUGCAACUCAAUCUGCAUUUGUUGAUGUUAUGAAGAAGGGAUUGUCAAAAAGUGCUUCUGUGAAAUAUGCCAAGAAAGAAGGUGAAAAGGCAGCAAAAUUGGCUUCUCGUAACACCAAACACACACUGGGUCCUAUCAUCUCUUCAGGAUGGGAUUUCUUUGAAUCCGUGUACUAUGGUGGUACUUUCGCAGAGGGGUUGUGUAGGGGAAGUGGCACUUUGAUUGGAACUUAUGCUGGAGGAUUCCUUGGGGAGCGAAAACUUGGGAGACUUGGUUACCUUGUCGGAAGUCACAUGGGUAGUUGGUUUGGAGGUAAAGUAGGGCUAAUGCUAUAUGAUAUCGUUAAUGGAGUGCAAUUCUUGUUGAAUUCUCUUCAACUCUAGAAACAAAAGUUUAAGUAGCUUCAGCUAACUAACCAACAACAACAUUAAUUAUGAAGAAACAGGUGAAAUGAAAGUCGUAAGUUUGCAACAAUUUUGAUUAUAAAUUGGAUUUUCUUCAACGUCUAUGAUCCAGUGUUAUGUUUCAAAACAUG